AUGACCACAGAUUUUCUGCUAGGUUUGCCACAAACAUUAAGGUUAGACAGAGGGACAGAAACUGAUGUCAUGGCAACAAUUCAUUGCUUCCUACGAGGUGAUUUGUAUAACGCUUUAGAUGCUAUAAUUUAUGGACCUUCCACUCAAAACAAGAUUGAAAGGUGGUGGAGGGAUCUUCUUGAGAGAAUGGAAAGGUUUUUUAAGGAACAACUUAAAUGCUUGGUUGAAAGUGGAGAUUAUGAUUCCAGUGAUCAAAAUGACAGAGACUUACUGGCUUAUGUAUACAUCCCAAUAAUUCAGGAACUAGAUAUUUUUCGUGAGUGUGUUUGGAAUAACCACAGAACACGUAAACAGAGAGGAAAAGAACUGCCAGCAGGAAUUCCAGAACACAUAUUCCAUUUUCCAGAGAAGUAUGGUGGUGAACAAUGUGGAAUUGAUAUUACAGAAGAACAACUGCUUGAGGUUUCUGAGUUAUCAAAUGUUUUGGAAGACAAUGAUGAUUAUAUAAGACCAGCUGUUCGUGAAGAGUGUAAGAAGCAUUUGCCCCAAAUACAUGAAAUUAAUCCCAGUGAUGCUAAGGAAGCUUAUUUAUACUUAAAGAGUCAUGUUGAUGUGAAUAUUUUUAAGACACAAUAGAAACUCGCUUUAUUAAAAUCGUAUUUUGAAAACUGAACUUAAUCAAGUAAUUUGAACAAAAACAUUAUUACUGUCAAUCAAACUUGAUUUAAAAUGUCAGUCAAAACUUCACUAUAUUAUCUACAUUUCUUUGAGCUUAAGCAUAAGGCAAAAUUUGUUGCAAACAUGCUCUACCUUAAAUCUAUCAAUGGCAUCUGUCGAAAGGUUGCCACAGCAAAAGAAAAUUGUCCUGUCAAUCUCAUCAAUAAGAGUUGAACUUGCAACCUCUGGAUCAAACAAACUAUGAUCUACUCCCUGGAUGUCCAAAACCAUUAGCUAU